GCUCGCGGGACAAGAUGGCUGCGCCCGCGCUGGGGUCGCCUGGUGGGCGUCGCGCCGCGCUCGCGCUAGUGGUUUUGCUGCCACUGCUCGUGCUGCGCGGCGGGGCGGCAGCGGGCGAAGAGGCCGGCGCGGGCGCGGGCUCGUGCGGCUGCGGCGCCCCCCAGAGGCCCGGGGCCGCGGGCAGCUCGGCGGCCGCGCACCGGUACUCGCGGGAGGCGAACGCCCCGGGCCCCGGCCCCGGACAGCGGCCGCCCGCGCCCGCCAAGAUGGUCCCCAUCCCUGCCGGCGUGUUUACGAUGGGCACAGAUGACCCUCAGAUCAAGCAGGACGGGGAAGCGCCCGCGCGGAGAGUCACCCUGGAUGCCUUUUACAUGGACGCCUACGAAGUCAGUAACGCGGACUUCGAGAAGUUCGUGAACGCCACCGGCUACCUGACAGAGGCGGAGCGGUUCGGCGACUCCUUUGUCUUCGAGGGUGUGCUGAGCGAGCGGGUGAAGACCGGCGUCCAGCAGGCAGUGGCGGCUGCUCCCUGGUGGCUACCUGUGAAGGGCGCUGACUGGAGACACCCAGAGGGGCCCGACUCGACUGUCCUGCACAGGCUGGACCACCCAGUGCUCCACGUCUCCUGGAACGACGCCGCAGCCUACUGCGCGUGGGCCGGGAAGCGCCUGCCCACGGAGGCCGAGUGGGAGUACGGCUGCCGGGGGGGCCUGCGUGACAGGCUGUUCCCUUGGGGCAACAAGCUGCAGCCCCGAGGCCAGCACUACGCCAACCUCUGGCAGGGCGAGUUUCCUGUGGCCAACACCGGCGAGGACGGCUUCCGCGGCACCGCGCCCGUCGCCUCCUUCCCCCCCAACGGUUACGGCUUGUACGACAUGGUCGGGAACGUGUGGGAGUGGACCUCCGACUGGUGGGCCGUCUACCACUCUGCCGAAGACGCACGCAACCCCAAAGGCCCCCGCUCUGGGAAAGACCGGGUGAAGAAAGGCGGCUCCUACAUGUGCCACAAGUCCUACUGCUACAGGUACCGCUGCGCCGCCCGGAGCCAGAACACGCCCGACAGCUCUGCCUCCAACCUGGGAUUCCGCUGCGCCGCUGACCGCCCGCCCGCCGCCGGCUAAGAGCCAGGAGCAGCCUUCCCAGGGCCCAGGAGAAGUUGUGGCUAACCCGUGUGCGGCUUCCCUCCGAGGGACAGGCCACCUGUGUGCAGACUCCCCUCGAGGUGGGGCCGCAGCUGCUUGCCGCCAAAGGAACCACCCGUGAGACCAAAUCGCGUACCUGCAUCAGCGCGCCCCACAAACAGCCUCUCUGGAGCCCGUUGCCCCGUUUGACUUUGUGGGGUGGAGGGAGCCGCAGCGAGGCCUCGGAGGCUGCGUGCAACCCAGGCUCCGGACGCAGGGUUCAGACCCCAGGGUCCCUUGGGGACCUGUCUGUCCAGGGAGGGGCCGCACGCAAGGCCUCCGAGGCUUCCACGUGCCAGUUCCAUGACCAUAUCAGAGUCUAUUGUGGUUUCCCAGUGAGAACUUAUGACGGGUUAUCUGUGAGCUAUUUUUUUCCCAUGUGUGAACCUUGGGAUAUUGUAAUCAUGUAAAAUAAGAGUUCCCUUAGGGAUUAUUUUCAGAAGAGGACCGGGGAGGGUGGCCCUGACCAGUCUUUAUAGUCACAUGCACUUUGCUUUUCCAAGGAAAUGCGUGUCUCUCCCAUUGUUACGGCGACUCCUGCCGGGCGGCAGCGGUGGUUCGUGUUCAGCCCUGUGAACACACAGGACUGCCUGUGGGUGUCUCCACUGUGCUUUAUCUUUUAACGUUAAGUGCCUUUGGCUCAGGGGGGCAGUUCCGAGGCCCCUCUCCCUUCCCCCCUCCCCCAAGCCUUCGCUGAAUGUGAGACACGUGCUGCACGGGGAGACCUGCCAAACUCUGGGCACGGGAGGGCGGGGGCGGGAGCCGCGGACGGCCUGUGUCCGGGCGGCCGGUGUCUGCAAAGGGAGGUGGGGUCCGCGGGGCGGGGGGCGCAGACGCUUGGAAUCGUGCACUCCCUGGAAUAAACCGGUGUCUGCGAGUCGGCCUUCACUCGCCUCGGCUCCUUUGUGUCCCCCCACCCCCUCACCUUGUGGUUUCUGGUAAAGAAAUGACUGGUGAUACGAUGUGUUUGCCAGAAAACUUUUCUGUCCAUGGGCUGCGUGAUAACUUUGACAUGUGAGCCAUUUGUGGGGAUUUCUAUUCUAAAGAGCAAAGCUUCCUGCCGGGACCCCCUGUGCCCCCGCUUCUUCGUGCCCCCAGCCAGGAGGCGGCAUCAAGGGCUGCCCUG